CGGGGGAUUCGACCAGUGCCGCAGCGUUGCAGGGCGGCAGCGGUGGCGCCGUCGGCGGCAGCAGCGGCCGUCCUCCCGGCCAGGUGCAGGGCCACGCCAUGCUGACCCGUGGGACGGUGCUGGCGGAGGCGCUGUCGGCGGGUACGGGUAUGUACAUCGCGGACGUGGCGAUCUACAUGCAGGAUGGCCGCAACGUGAGUCGCGACGUAUUCCUGGCUCCCAACGGCCGCAGCAGCCCCGCCCAGCCCACCAGCAGCCUGGCCGUCACCGUUGUCAGCCAUGCGGGGGCACCACUGGUAGGGCUCUACAUCACCUUUGGCUCGCCUCUGCCGGCCAGCCUGCUGAAUGCGCUGAUCUCCAAGGUUCACCUGUUUGGCGGCAUGCUGGGUCCGCUGUUGCACGAGCGGUUGCAUGGGGAGGAGGGAGAGCUGGCGGACGAGUGGCGCUACUUGCUGGGGGAGGUGCUGGAGCCGAGAGCCAUUCAAUCUGCCGCGGAAGAGCAGCGCAGUCGUCGCUCCUCCGCAGCUGCCUACAACCAACAACAACAGCAAAUUCAAAUGCAGCAACUCCAACAGCUACACAACAACCAACCGACUCCACAACCGCAACCGCAGGCUUUCCAACAACCGAAGGACCCGCAAAACCAGCAGUCGCAGCAACCCCCUGUGCAACCGCGGCCGCUCUCAUCCCAACAUCGGGCCCCGAUCACCCUGUCACCUGAUGCCCCUGAUGCUCCUGCUGCUGCUCCUGCUGCUGUGGGUGCCAUCGGCGGCGGCGCCGCCGCCGCCGUCACGGCUCCCAAGGACACCCGUUGCAGCCCAGCGGACGUCCCAGCUGAUGUCAUCAACGGUGGCGGCGGUAGCUGCUGUCGUAUCCUCGUCCAAGGCAACAAUGCCGUACAAUCUCGACGCCAGGAGCAGCCACAGCAGCAGCAACCGUACGACAAUACUGGCGCCGCUGACGGCGGCGCCGCUUUGUACGGCGAUGCCUGCGUCACCGGCGGCGUCGAAAGCAACUCGGGCUUUGUUUCCUCUGCUGCUGCUGUCCGUGUCGACGAUUCGCCGUUUACGUUGGUUACAAGCCCUGUCGCGAGAUCGCUGGGCGGCCGGAAGACUCCAGCAGCGUCAGGCGGUAGGCCGCCGCCACUGCUGCCUACUCAUUCGCUAUCCCCUUCCAAAGCCCAGUCGCCGCCGCCGCUGCUGAUGUUACCGUCUGCGCCCUCCUCUUCUUCAUCCUUGCCGUGCACCAACCCCAACCCCGGCCUUAAUCAAAUGCAAGACACCCAUCAUAACCUUCCCCCUCACCAUCAUCUCCAACACCAACACCAACACCCCCGCAGCCACCACCAUCCUCACAACCACCAUCUCCAUCGUCCCAACCACCAUAACCACCACCAACCGCCCUCAUCCCGGGGGCCCUCCUCCUCCGGUAGUAGCCACCUGCCGCUACUGCGCCGUCAGCUGGUGUCCUCGGGCAUGUGGGGCCCGUCGGCGGCGCCACGAUUGAACCGGGCAGCGACCGACAGCGCAGCGCAUGCGACGGCCGCCGCGGUGGCGGCUGCAAUGUCAAAACUUGCUGGCGGAGGCGAACCAGCAGCAACAACAACACGGCCUCCGGUCCUACACAGGGCUGCGACAGAGGGCUCGGCGUCGGGCCUGACGACGACGGCGGCGGCGGCGGUGGCGGCCGCUGACGGCGGUAACAGCAGCAGCGGCGGCGGUUACAUGUGUCAGGGUGUGUUUGCCGCAGCGGGAGCUGCUGCUGAUAUGAGCUCGUCCGCGGGUGCGAUAAGUGACACGAGCAGUCCUGCCUGGAGCUCCGCUGCACUACAACCACCUAACAACCACCUCAACCACCAUCUUAACAACAGCCCCAACCGACAACCGCUUGGGAGCUCGGACUCUCCAGCCGUUCUUUCGGUUACCUCUAGCGGUGCAUUGGGACUGCCUGCACCGCCGGCGUCGCAAUCGCUGCUGCCGUCACCGUUGUCGUGCAACGCCGGCGCCGCCGCCGCUGCUGCUACCUGGGCAGAUGCCCUCACAAGGCGAGACGCUCUACGCAGGAAAACGGCGGCGGCUGGCGCCAGCGUCGUCUUCGACGGCGACAGAGGUUGUGGUGGGGAGGAUCGGGAAGUAGAUGCACGUACCAAAGCAGAUGUCAAGACGACGACGCCGGAAGGUGCAGGUCGUACGGAAUUAUUGCCGUCGCCGCCGCCGCCGCCAUCGUCGAUAGGCCCGCAGCAGCCUCCUGCAUCACCGCCGCUGCCGCCGCCCUCGCCGUCGCCUCCGCAACCGCAGCAGCCGCCGCGGCAGCUUGCCGGGACACCCUCACCCUCCAACGUACACGCUCCCGCCGCCGCCGCAUCAACCUCCGCCGCUAGCGCCGCCGGCACCGCCGCUGCCGCCGCUGCUGCGGCUCUUGUCGACGCCUCCACCAUUAUCCUCAAGGCAUGCGAAGACACCAACGAUUGCGUUUCCACAGAAGCCGCGAUCAGUGGCGAAGUCCAAACGCCGCCGCCGCCGCCGGCUCUUCAUCCCCGGCAACGCAUCCCGCCAUCGCUGGCCACUCACUGGCUGCUACGAAGCGCCUCUAUCGCCGGAAACCCUGCCGUACGAAGUCUGCGCGGCAGCGGUGCCGUACAAUCUGCAUCUCAAGUUGACUUCCCGGGAUUGGGUCCGCUGAUGCGAUUGUUGCCUGGGUACGGCAGUGCUGGCGGCGCCGCCGCCGCCGGCGCUAGCGGAGGCGGCGCUGGCGGCGGCGGACUUUUGGGCUUGGGGGGUUCCAUUGGCAGCGGCAGCAGUCAUGUGAUGGAUUUGGAGCUGUCGAUGCAGGCUUGGCACUUGACACACGACCCCUUCCGGUCUUCAUCUGCUGCUACGGCCAGAGGCUCGUCUUCUCAACACCCCGGGUCGCGCAACGGCUCUGCUGGAAUGCACACGUUUUCACUGAUCAACUCGGCUUUCGAACUGCUAACCUCAGCACGUUCCGUUCAACCUGUCAACGCCAACAGUAUUAACACCAACGGUAAUUCCAACGGUAACGCCAACGGUAACCUCAACGGUAAUCUCAACGGUAAUCUCAACGGCCAUUCCAACGCCGCGAGCAUCCAGCAACAGCAACAACAACAACAACAACAACCACAACAACAACAGCAACAGCAGCAUCAAUAUCCGUAUCCUUCCGUUCCAUCACCCCUGGCCUCGCCCGGCUACGGCGGCACUGGCGCUGCUGGCGGCGGCGCGGGCUGCAACUUGCCGUACACUCGGCGCUGCAGCGUCAACGGCGGCGGCGCUGGUUUGGUGGCGACGCCGCCGCGACCGUACGGCGGCAUGUCCCGCUUGACAACCGUUGUAAGCGCGGGUAGCGCGUACGUUGCUAGGACGGGUGCUGCUGCUGGGGGCGGCGGCGGCGCAGCCGGAGGCGGCGGCGGGAUGCGUCCGCCCAUGGCUGGCGGUGGCCGUGGCGGCGCCGGCGGCGGCGGCAUGGGUAGCGAACGAGUAUCGCCUGUUUUGCGGAGUAGCGCGGGGGCCUUCGCAGCCGCCGCCGCCGCCGCCGCUGCAGCCGCGGCAGCCGCCGCGGGUGUUGCCAGUCCCAGUCCGGGGUUGUCCCCCGUGCUGCCGCCGCCUGUCGUACGGCGGUUGCGGGGUGGAAUACGGCGGAACACGUCGUUCAACAUCACGGCUGACCCGGGGGUGCAGGACACGGGCAAGGUAGCGCCUCUGAUGGCCAACCUGCAGGACAAGCUCCGCAGCCUGCAGGCGGGGCAGCUGCUGGCCCGGCUGCAUGACAGGGGGGAGAGCGGGGCGGACGAGUUGUCGGGUCUGACCAUUCUGGAGCCGCUGGGGUCGGGGGGCUUCGGCACUGUGUUUCGGGGCAUCUUCAACGGCAUUGAGGUGGCGGUCAAGGUGUUGUGUGAGCGCGGUUCCGGCGGUCGCAGCGAGGCCGCCACCAUGCGUGAGGCCUUCGAGCUGGCCGUCAUGACGACACUCAGCCACCCACACAUCGUGCAGGUCCUCAGCGCCUUCACCGACGUCAUCCUGGCCUGCCAGCCCGACCCGCAGGGGGGGCCGCACCGCACGCAGCUGCUGCCCAGGAGCCCGGCCACGGAGGAACUGGGUGAGCCCACGGUCGCCAUCGCCAUGGAGUACUGCGACGCGGGCAGUCUGGCGGAUGCGGUGGCGGAGGGGCGGCUGCGGGAGCGGGUGCCGGGAGGGUACGGCGCGCUGCAGCCAUGCAUGCCGGCCAUCUACGCCACGCUGUUGGAGAUCGCGUUGGCGUUACGCCACAUGCAUUCCAUGCUGCUGGUGCACUGCGACCUCAAGCCCGCCAACAUCCUGCUGAAGAGCAACAUGCGCGACCCACGGGGCUUUAGCGCCAAGCUCUCCGACUUCGGGCUGGUCAAGAUGGUCGUGGAGGACGGCAGUGGAGGCGGAGGCGGUGUGGUGGGACGUGACGCGCGCACCGGCACCGUGACCCACAUGGCUCCCGAGCUCAUCCGAGCCACGGAGGCGAGCAAGCUGGAUGCGUCCGUGGACGUCUACGCAUUCGGCGUGCUGAUGUGGGAGCUCCAGAGCAGCGCGCCCGUGUACCUGGGGCUGAACAGCGAGCAGAUCCGGCAGGGGGUGGCGGAGGGGGGUCUGCGGCCGGAGUUCCCGCCGUGGGCGGAUGACAAGUACCGGGCGCUGGCUGAGUCGUGUCUCUCCUCCGACCCACGGGUCCGUCCCACCUCCGCGGCACUCGUGGCCCAGCUGCGGAGCCUGCUGGCGGAGAGCGGGGCGCUGCAGGACACCAUAGCCCGACGCCCCGCCGCCCGCUCCCCCUUCCCCAACAACCCCCGCGCCCGCAACCCACCUGCGGGUGCUGCUGCGGGUGGUGGUGGUGGUGGUUUGUACGGCGGCGACGGAUGCAAUAACGGAGGUUACUUCCCCGGCUCCGAAACCGCUGCAGCAGCAGGCGCCAUGCUGGGCAUAGGGCCCUCGGAAUUCUGCCGCCCUAGCCACCUUCUUGCCUCCCCCAUGCCGCCACCUAGCUACCCCCUGGCUGGGUCUCAGUACACACACCAACAACUGCAGGGGUGCUACUACGGACGUGACGGGCAGGAUGGAGGACCCGGAGGAGGAGGAGGAGGGGGACAGCAGUACGAGCAGCAGCAACAGCAUGGGUCCCGUAGGACUAGAUCAAGGUCGUACAGUGGUCCCGAUAAUUCCUCGUUUCCGCUGCACAUCCUUUAGGAGGAGGUUACGGUCGAGGUAGGAUGCGGAACGAAGCGGGCAGGCAGGCGUGCGUGUCGCAAGGCGUGUUUGGAUCCCUUGAAGUGCGUGUUUGUGCACAACACAUCCGCUAGUAGGAUCGGCGCUGAUCAUAGCCGUUGACCAGCCGAGGUGUAUGUAGUAGUGCGUUUAGCAGGAAGAGUGAGGAGAGGAUGGGAGGGUGAACACCAGCACAUGAGUGGAGGGCUGCAGGCGAGCAAGAAGCAGGCGUUACGGUGGGUUGCGGGUGAUCGGGACCGGUUAGGGUACCUUUGUGUUGCAUUGGUUUCGGAGGAAAGCGACCGGGGAUUGUUGAAUGAAUUGCCUCAACCGGUACUUACGGUUGGAUGUGACCGCACGUCCGUGCCUUAACUGGGGGAUCUUACAUUUUGGGCGGGCGGCCCCUCAGGCUGGUGAAUGCAUGCGUUUUCAAUUCAUGUUUAUGUUUUUGGUGAGGGGUGCGGGAUUAAUUCGCGCGAUCUGGGAGCAGAAAAUAGCCUGUAGCAAGUGUGUGCGGGGUCCGUGUCACAUCGAUAUUUGAUUGAUUGAGGGGCAUGGAGUUCGAUGUGAAGAAGACUGUGUUGGUGCUCUGCUGUUACUGUUGCUGCUACUGGUGCGGUUGGUGCUGCAAGGCAUGUGUGUCUGCCCACCCCGCAUGAAUGCAAUCCAUAACAAUUAACAGGAGAAACGAGCGGUUGCAUCUCCACAAUCCGCAAUCUAUCCUGCUGCAAUCGUGAAUCUCCCUUACAUGUCAUGUCUAAUGGCAGGCUAUUGAUUGUGAAUUGCGUUUCGCACGAGCGAGGUAGGGUGGGGGGUGCACGGUUACAUAUCCGCUGCGUUUUGAACGUGAAUGUGUCUUAAAUUACAAUCAAGAGCAGUAUAAUUGAAAAUGAUUACCUCAUGGGACUGUUGUGGUCUGUUCGCCUGAGUGGACGGUUGGUUGCUCAUGGUGGUGGCGGGGCUGGUUGGUUAGUUCGUUAUUUGGUUCGUUGGCAGGCUUCCGAGUGGAUGAUGUGUCGUACUGCUAACGUACUGCAGUGGCACUCGUUGUGCACUGCAGUACAUAGCAGUACGAGAAGGUUUGGAUGAGUCUUAACAACGCUUACUUGCCGCUUUUCAAACACGUUCUUAUAUGGUGCUGGAUUGGGUUUGUAAAUUGCAUGAUGGUGAGAAUGGCGUCCUUCAUUGAUGAAGGACUAAUAAUAUGGACAAACGUAAUACCUGCUGAAUGGGUAAUGGCGACGACGAGAGAUUGCAUGCUAGUUGCAACAGUCUGCUGCUUUCUUUCAUGUGUUAACAAGUCAGCUUCAUGUUCGAUGGAUUACUAGGAGGUCUGGACACGUAUGGAGCACACGUACUGUCCCUGUCCUGCCAUGUACGGCAGCAGGAAGGAAACAGAUGUGCGAAGAGUACUGGUUGCUGGAUGGGUUGCAUGAUGAUUGCUAGGAGACGACACAUGCAGGGCACCGUAAAUGGAUGGCCGUACACCGGCACAUCCACCCGAAGGCAUUUUCCUAGAACUUUUCAAGCAAGUGUAAAGCGUUUUCGUUCGUUUUUUCUACUACUACAACACUGCUGUUGGUGGGAAGAAGGUACUUUGGGGGCUGCUUCUCAAUCGCUGCUGAGGGGUAGAUAGGCUGAGCGCUACGUGCACGCUAGUGGCGGAGAACCCCUGCGACGUACGGCGUGAAUGGACAACUGACCCAGAUCCUAACUGCCGGUGUGUUGGGGCGGUUGUGAUGCGGUGGUCAGGAAUACGAUGUGAUGGCGGUGGCCGACGGUCCCUAUAUCUACUGUGCACGGUACGGGAUGCGCAUGCCUAGUUAGCUUGAUUGGAUGGAUGGAAGAAUGGAUGUUCAUUGGAUGGAUGGAUCGAUACGGUUAGGUCAGUUAUCGUAUAACCUCAGUGCGACAUGCUGUUCCAGGGUAUGUACCGAUACCGCUGCGCUGCUGUUAUUGCCGGCUGCUGCUGCUGUGCCGGUAUUCGGGCGCCGAACUCAGCACCCGUCACUUGACGGCUGCACCGACCCGUGGGUCGUUCGGGUGGUUUUUAUGGCAGGGGAAGAGGCGUAGGCUGGACUGCUUAUCGGUCCCAGCUUCAUACUUAUACUUUGGCAUUGCUUAGCAGGCUGCUGGGGGGUGGGGGUGGGUUGGGUCGCCUACCAUCUUUACCACGAGCGCAACCUAGCUUUACUCCUUCUUAGGAUAGACAACCUGUCUUCAAUUCGCUCUUUUUUGGAAUGCAGCCCGAAUGGAGCCUCAACACUUUCCAGCAAAAAUUAAAUAAUAACGACUUUAGCUGACCGGCUAUGUCUGUUUGCCGCUUGACAAGUUAUUAAUAUUAGUUAGGUACUUGUACGACAAGCAAGCAAUUCACGGUACUGGUCGUUGAUGGGGUGAAGAAGAUGGCUGGCUGAGAUGCACAUGUGCAAUGGAGCUCGGGUUACAUGAUGAUGAGGACAUGCGUCAAACAGGCAUGCGUACGGCUGCUGUACAUGUUGCAAGCUCUGUGGCUGCCACAAGAUUAUUUGACGGCUGUGCAAGCUCUGUGCGCGGCUGCUGCUACCGGAAUUGAUAAGAUUGUAGGGAUGACAACAGAAUAAUACCGGUAAUGAAGCGACGCAAUGAUAGCUAGCAAACGUUAUCGAAAAUACAGGGGCAACCUUUAGGUGACUACCUGUGCUUAGCUAGGCAGUACGGAUGCCGUUCGUGUACGGCACGUGGGG